GUUGUUGAGGUUUCCUCAUCGCGGAAUAGGAACCUGGCCUAAAAAGAAAUAAGAAUCAGAAUAAAAAAAAAAAGGAAAACUUAAAAAAGAAAAAGAAAAACGAAUCGCCCUUCUAUAAAAAUGGACGGAAAUGAUUCCUUACGCUCGGAUGACCCGCACGCGAUGCCGGGCUCCACACAUUUGUGGGGGACGUGGGAGCUCUCGUGCGAUCUCCCGCCGAAUAACCUGACGGACGCGACCGCACGCGCGAGUCACCCCCCGGCCAGCGGCAAUUGGCUCAAUCAGGUCAAACACGUCGGGGUCUUCGACAACGCGGAGGCCUUUUGGGGGUUAUGGCAGUGCAUUCUUCUGCCCUCGCAGCUGCCCGUGAACACGAGUUACUUUCUUUUUCGCAGCUUUAUCGUCCCGAUGUGGGAGCAUGAGGCGAACCGCCGCGGGGGGAAGUGGGUCUUGACCUUUUCCCAUCCCCCUCUAAACCUCCCCGCCGACGAGGACGAAUCCCGGGAGGGUAAACCCAGCGCGGCGAAGAUGUUGCCGGUGGAUGGGGCCUGGCAAAAACUUUGUUUAGCCGCCAUCGGGGAAUUAUUCCCCUGCGAGGAGGAAGAAAUUUGCGGGAUUACGGUCAGCCGGGGGAAAGCUCGCGGGGUGGGGAACAAUUCGGAGUGGAAGUUGUGCGUCUGGACGCGUACCGCGAACGCGGAGGACACCCAAAUGGCGAUCGCGCAAUUUAUUAAAAAUAUCGUCGUGAAUAACGUCGUUGACGGCAGCGUUUGUACGCCUUUAACACAAAUUACCCCCAAUAUUCUAUUUCAAUAUGGAAAUAGUUAUGGGGGAGGGGAGAAGGGGGGUUCCGCGCGGAUGACGUUGAACUUUAUGUCUCACAGAGAACUUAUGGAGGCGAAGCAAUCCCAUGCCCAAGGGGGCACACGCUCGCUCAUUUUUAAACCCAAAUAUACUUUAGAUUUAUAGAACUAUAGGCACUAUAGAAAGAAGAAGGUCCGCUGUUUGGCGAUUUUUUCCGUUAUUUUUCAUAUUACAUAUAUGAAUACAUAUAUAUAAAUAUAUAUAUAUAUAUAAUUAGUUAGUUAGUUAGAUAGAUAGAUAUACUGGUGUACCGAAGGAAAUGAAAUUCAUAUCGUGCCUAUUAUCCCU